GAAUGCGCUAGGACGGGUUUUCUCCACUUGCGAGUCGGAAUUGAAAUCUCGCUAUCGUUGGAUUGCAUGAAUAAUAGUGGUCGAGUGUAGAUUCUGAGCAAUUUGACGGACUUUGAUAGACGGACACGGGGUUGAACGGUGAUUUGGAGCAUAAGGAUUAUAUGUAGUGCGAAAGUGCAAGAAAAAUGUGCACAAGAGAAAACUGCACAGUGAAACUCGUGUGCCUGUUAUGAAUGGUGUGGCGUGUUCAUUGUGGAAAAUGACCAUAAAUCUACCCAUUCCGCAGAGAUAUAAGAGAAUACUUCAAGCCAUGACUAUUGUGAUCGCCAUUGUCUACAUGACACUUGUCCUGUACCAGAGUGUCGCCGGUGUCAGUGAAUAUGAGAAUCCUCCGCUGGUCAAUGUUGCUGCUCAGGCGUCGCAAAAUGUCUCCAGCCUGCCAGCUGAGGAGAAGAGUUUGUACACCACGAAGAUGACCCAGGGCAGCUAUCUGGAGAUGGGUCAGGGCACCGUGACGGGCACUCCGAAGCCACCCACAACGGAGCUGGACGACAUCUUCAUAAGUGUGAAGACGACAAAGGGGAAUCACGACACUCGACUGGCCCUCAUUAUCAAGACGUGGUUUCAGCUGGCCAAAUAUCAGACGUGGUUUUUCACUGACACCAAUGAUAAAUACUACCAGGAAAUCACAAAUGGCCACAUGAUUAACACCAACUGCUCCAUGGGUCACUUCCGAAAGGCGCUGUGCUGCAAGAUGUCCGUGGAACUGGAUGUUUUUCUCAACAGUGGCAGAAAAUGGUUUUGUCACUUUGACGACGACAACUACGUGAAUGUGCCGCGUCUCGUGCGCCUCCUGGACGAGUACUCAGCCUCCAAGGACUGGUACCUGGGCAAGCCCAGCAUCUCGUCGCCACUCGAGAUCAUCAUGGACAAUCAGAAAUCGGCGCGGGACAAGAAGAUCACCUUCUGGUUCGCGACGGGCGGUGCUGGAUUCUGCCUCAGCCGCGCUCUGGCCCUCAAGAUGCUGCCCAUCGCCGGCGGCGGGAAAUUCGUGGAGAUCGGCGACAACAUCCGCUUCCCAGACGACGUCACCAUGGGCUUCAUCGUGGAGCAUCUGCUGCGGAUUCCGCUCACAGUGGUGGAUCAGUUUCACUCGCAUCUGGAGCCGAUGGAGUUCCUCAGGCCGGAAAUGUUCCACGAUCAAGUAUCCUUCAGCUACUCCCGCAUGAAGAAUGAGUGGAAUGUGGUGAAAAUCGAUGGAUUCGACUUGAAGACGGAUCCCAAGCGCUUCUACUCUCUCCAUUGCCACCUCUUCCCCUACUUCAGCUUCUGCCCGAGGUGAUGGGACGCGGAAAGGAGACACCAUUCGCCGGGGAAACGCCAUUCCUGGCCAGCCGUCGCGGCAUCGUGAAUCUUGAGCCAAAAAUCCAAACAUUCGCUGUAUAUAGGAAGCACACAAUGCAAAGUGACUUGAUUGUCUGUGAUCUCUGAAGACGAGGGAGAGAAAAGAAUGUGGAGAAUGAUAAAAAGAAACGUUGAUACAGAUGAUAAAAUGUAGAUGUAUUUCUUGUGAGAGAAUUUAGUGGAGUUCUCAUGUUGUCUAGUCUCUUGAAGAGAAAUUUUUGCCACUACUUUGCAUUAUCACAGAGGAAAUUGUGGCUUGUGAAGCUGUGAUUUGCUUGUGAAUUGCAAAAGUAGGUUGAAGAAAUUCUGUACAUUUUGUUAAUACAUUACAUGGAUUACAUGUGUAAAAAUGCAUAUUAAAUAUUAUGAAAUUA